AUGACGAACGACCUCACCCCAUUCUUCACCUCUUCUUCUGGUCACGCGCCUGCGCCCUGCGACCCAAUGGCGGAGAGAGCAAUCGAUCGGGAAGAGCGACAUGGCCUGCGUGCCAUUCGCAACUUCCUGAAAGUCCGCAACAGCUACGAUGUCCUCCCCAUGAGCUUUCGCUUGAUCAUCUUCGAUACCUCCCUGUCCGUCAAAGAGAGUCUGAAUAUCCUCAUCCAGAAUGCCCGGGGGCCAUCGGGAUGUACAGGCAUCGUUUCAGCCCCGUUGUGGGACUCCAAGGCCUCCAAGUUCGCUGGUCUGCUGACCACCUCCGACUAUAUCAAUGUUAUCCAGUACUAUUUCCAGAACCCCGCCGCGUUGAACCAGAUCGACCAGUUUCGGCUGGAUAGUCUACGAGAGGUCGAGAAGGCAUUAGGUGUCGCUCCGCCCGAGACCAUUUCCAUCGAUCCCGAGCGAACUCUCUACGAUGCCUGUCGGCGCAUGCUCGAGUCUCGCGCGCGUCGAAUCCCCCUCGUCACCAGUGAUAGCCAGACCGAGCGACCCCAUGUCCUCAGCGUCGUGACGCAAUACCGCAUCCUGAAAUUUGUCGCCGUCAAUGUCAGCGAUACACAAAAGUUACGUCGCCCGUUGGGAGAGCUUCUGUUGGGGACGUACGAUAACAUCGCGACUGCGUCCAUGGACACGCCCGUCAUCGAUGUCAUUCAUAUUCUGGUCGAGCGCAGCAUAUCCAGCGUGCCGAUCUUGAAUUCAGAGGGUGUCGUCUACAAUGUAUUCGAGGCGGUCGAUGUCAUCACUUUGAUCAAGGGAGGCGUCUACGACGAUCUGAGUCUCACAGUGGGCGAGGCGUUGAAAAAGCGCUCCGCAGAUUUCCCGGGCAUCUAUACCUGUUCGCUAACCGACGGACUUGAUACCAUCUUCGACACCAUUCGCAAAUCCCGAGUCCACCGCCUGGUGGUCGUGGACGAAUACUUCAGGCUCAAAGGCGUGCUCACCCUGAGUGAUAUCCUGCACUAUAUUCUCCUGGAGGGAGAAAAUGACGAAGCAUGA